UGUUUGCCUUCAGUUUCGAUUCUCUUACAAGCUGAAGGAGAGGAGGUGGAGCCGGAUCUGCUCCCGUAAUUGAGGACUCUGAGCUCUGUCCCGAGACGGAGACAGGCUGGAGAGGGAACAUGUCCGAUCCUGCUGUGUGUAGCUUCAUCACGAAGAUCCUUUGUGCUCAAGGAGGGGGUGUGCCCUCUGAGGCGCUCCCCCAGCACUUGGAGCUGCCGGGCCAGCAGCUGGAGCGGAUCCUGCAGGAGGCCGGGAACGAGCGCUUUCUGGUCGCUCGCCAGGGCCUUUCCUGCCGAGUGCUGGCGGUGUCUUCCGUGAGGCUGUGCCUGAGGAAUGAAUGUGGAGGCUGUGACUGUCUCCACAUCUGCAAGAAUUACAUCCAGGGCCGGUGCUACAGGCCUGCCAGUGGCAGAGGGUCUUGUAAAUAUUCUCAUGACGUCUUCUCAGAGACAAACCGAAAAGUCUUGAAGAAUCAUGAACUCUCUGGCCUGAAUGAAGAUGAGCUGCGUGUUCUGCUUCUCCAGAAUGACCCUUUCCUGUUGCCUGACGUAUGCAAUUUUUACAACAAAGGAGAAGGAAAUUGCCAACAAGAUAAUUGCAACAAACUUCAUGUUUGUCGCUUUUUUCUCAGAGGAAAAUGUCGUUUCCUCAAAUGCAAAAGGUCCCACAACCUUUUGCAGCCAAAUACUCUGAAGCUGCUGCUUGCAGGAGGUGUGGAUGAUAAGAUGGCUUGGAAUAUCCAGACAAUCUGUGAUCACAAAACUGCUGAAUUGGCUAGAGAGUUGGGAUCACAGAAAGUACAUCCCUCAAACCCCACAGUUUCUACACAUGGAGAAGAAAAGAAACAUAUCGUCGGAAUUGAGGGAGAGCACAAAUCAUCACCUGACCAGGCUUCCCUUCUGCAUGUUUUCAUGGACCAUCUUCAACAACAGAGGCCCGCCACCCGUGAUCUCAAAAGCCGUGGAGUGGGGCAGGAGUUCCCAGUGAAGAGUAGCCGUUAUGGUGACCAAGGCAGUUUGACUCCCAUGCCCAGGCCAGAAGCCAGAGUGAAACAGAUCCAGAUUUCAGGUGUAAAAGCAGCUCCUCCUCCACCACCUCCUAAAUCUACCCAGGAUGAAGAGAAAAAGAAAAAUAAUGAGAUCUGUCUCUUCUACGUCUGGCAGUUCUGCAAAAGAAAAAAUAAUUGUGACAUGAUCCAUUACCAUCUGCCUUAUCGAUGGCAAGUGUAUACUGGAACCAACUGGAACGACUUGUCCCAAAUGGAGGAAAUUGAAAAAGCCUAUUGUGAUCCCACCAUUACAAGUCUUUUGAAUCCGCCCAUAAAUUUCAAGACCAUGAUGUCUUAUACUAACCCGGUUCGACGCCAGUCCACACCAUCGUCUGUGACAAAGCCUGCUAAAUUUAUCUUCACAACCAAGUGGCUUUGGUACUGGAAGAAUGACCUGAACCAGUGGGUUGAAUAUGGGCAACAGGACGGACAGCGCCAAGGCUCCUCAUUGAGCUCUGACGAUCUGGAGAAUUUAUUCUUGUCACAGCCAGAUGGCACUUUCCAGUUCCAGGCAGGCUCCCAACAAUAUGAAAUAAACUUUAAAGAUAUGAUCCAAAGAAACUUGCUCUACCAAACUCAGAGAGAGGUCCAAAGGCGCCCAAAAUAUGUUUCCCCUGAAGAUGUAAAGAAAAAGAAAGGCCACCAGGACCAGUCUCCAGCAUCUAUUCCAGAACCAAAGUAUCCCAAAGAGUGGGAUAAAUCUCUACUACCUGUAAUUGGAUACAAGUCUAUUGAAGUCAGCAAAGCCUCUUCAGAAUACACCACAAUGGAGAAGCUUUUUCAGAAGACAAUGAAUGAUUACACGAUCGUCAGCAUCAAGAGGAUCCAGAACCCGUCCCUGUGGCAAGUCUUCCAGUGGCAAAAGGAGCAAAUGAAGAAGAAGAAAGGGGGGCAGGACAUCGAGGAGAAGCUCCUGUUUCACGGGACCGGCUGGUCUAAUUUGGAAGCCAUCUGCAAUGACAACUUUGACUGGAGAAUCUGUGGGACCAAUGGAACAGUCUAUGGGAAAGGAAGCUACUUUGCUAGGGAUGCGCAGUAUUCCCACAAGUACUGUCAGGCAGAGGCCAAGUUGAAGAAUAUGUUUGUGGCUCGGGUUCUCGUUGGUGAUUUCGUGGUAGGCCAUGCCACUUACAAUCGCCCCCCAGCAAAAUCUGCUGGCCUGACCAACUGCUACGACAGCUGUGUGGACAAGAUGUUGGACCCGUCCAUCUUCGUCAUCUUUGAGAAGUAUCAGAUUUACCCUGCAUAUAUAAUUAGUUACACCGAAGAAAAAAAAUGUGUUGUAGCAUAAAUGACAAAAAAGCAGCGAUUCCUGUGCCUACUUUAUAAGCUUUUAUAACCGCUCACGUUUAAAGCAGCUAUUAUCUACCUCCCAAAAAUGAUAUAUGUUGAGGGAGCUAGGAACUAUAUAUUCUGAAUUCUAACAAUGGGUAAGGUUAAUACAUUAAUACAGUAAGGAAAAGUCAAUCGUCGAUGGAUCAUUCGGUGAAAAACGAACAAGUUUGUUACUAGUGAUUUUAAAAAGUUGAGAAUUUGUGGACUGUGAUCCGUAAUGCUGUAUGAGUUCUAUGGAUGGGUGUUGUGCCCAUAAAACGAUGUAGGACAGAUAAAUAGAUGAUUAUGUUCUAUGUCCUACUUGACGCAUACUAAUUUUCGUUGUACUAGGGAGAUAUUCAGCAUGGCUGUUUCAAAAGAGGCAGCUGUUGACCCUGGUACUGAAUAGGUUUCUGUUGCACGCGACAUUUUUAUCUGUUUCUGAUCAUCUGUAUUCCAUAGCAGAGUCUACAAUGACAGGUUAAUGGCAAGCGACAAGGCUUUUGGUCGUGAGACAACUUGGCUCCAAGAUGUUUCUCCACUCCAUGAAUACACUUCUUGGUUUUGGAUAAUUAUGGGAAACAAUAUUUGGAUCAAGCUGUCCUGGGCAAAGGUUCUAAAUGUAGUUACUGUUGAGAAACAAUAGCCACCAGUUGCUGCGGCGUAGGGGGAUGGAGUAGCCACCCUGAGAAACCCAAGAUCCAAGGACGUUUAAUAAGACUGCGUCUGUGUUGCUAGAGGAUGCUGUGAUGAAUUGCUGCUGUUCUCACUUUUAUUUUGGACCCCCCACACCCUUUCAAUUUCUUUCCCCAUAUACCAUGUUGCAAAGUAGGGAAAAUAGCCGAGCGGGGAGCUUAAUGUUUCUGUAAACGGUUUUGGGGGGGGGGGGGAAUUAAGUAAAAAAUUUUAAAGUU